GACGCGCCCCUCUCCGCCUCCGAGCCCGUCUCCGCUCCGCCUCUGGGCGUUCCGCCCUGCUGGGGAGUCCCGCCUCUGUGCCCCAACCGCACCCCACAGUCCUGGGCGCUCACGAUCCGCCCCCUACGGAAGCCGAAGCGCGCAGUCAGAAUCCGGAAGAAAAACAACCCGGGAGGGAAGAAGAGUGCAGCUGAUACCGGCCACCAAGGGCUGCUCCGGCCCGCACGGACUGGAGUGCCGAGACACGAGCCGACCGGGUCACGGCGUGGGAAUAAUGUCGGCUGCGAGCCUGCGGAGGCCGAGCGCACCGAAAGGCAGUGUACUCGGUAUACAUGUUAUAACAUGGAAUGUGGCCUCAGCAGCCCCCACUGUGGACCUCAGUGACCUGCUUCAACUGAACAACAAAGACCUGAAUCUGGACAUAUAUAUCAUUGGUUUGCAGGAAAUGAAUUCUGGACUCAUAAGCCUUCUUUCUGAUGCUGCUUUUGAAGACCCAUGGAGCAGUUUCUUCAUGGAUAUGCUUUCCCCUCUGAACUUUGUCAAGAUCUCCCAAGUCCGUAUGCAGGGACUUCUCUUACUGGUCUUUGCCAAGUAUCAGCAUUUGCCCUACAUCCAGAUCAUCUCUACAAAAUCUACCCCUACUGGCCUCUACGGGUACUGGGGGAACAAAGGGGGAGUCAACGUCUGCCUGAAGCUGUAUGGCUACUAUGUCAGCAUCAUCAACUGCCACCUGCCUCCCCACAUGUCCAACAAUGAGCAGCGGCUGGAGCACUUUGACCGGAUCUUGGAGAGUCAGACUUUUGAGGGAUAUGAUAUUCCCAACAUCCUGGACCAUGACCUCAUUCUGUGGUUUGGAGACAUGAACUUUCGCAUUGAGGACUUUGGGUUGCUCUUUGUUCAGGACUGUAUAACAAGACAGUGCUACCGUGAGCUGUGGGAGAAGGACCAGCUCUCCAUUGCCAAGAGACGGGACCCGCUGCUCCGGGAGUUCCAGGAAGGUCCACUGCUCUUUCCACCCACCUACAAGUUUGAUAGGCACUCCAACAACUAUGACACCAGUGAGAAAAAACGCAAGCCUGCAUGGACUGACCGCAUCCUGUGGAGGUUGAAGCGGCAGCCACAGGCCAGUCCCAUGGUCUCCAGUCUGCCAACCUCCUACUUCUCACUGAUGCUAAAGAGCUACACCAGCCACAUGACGUACACCAUCAGUGACCAUAAGCCUGUCACUGGGACCUUCAACUUGGAGCUGAACCCCCUGAUGUCUGUCCCACUGGUCACCAUGAUGCCUGAAUGCCUGUGGACCAUGGAGAACGACAUGUUGAUCGGCUACGCCUGCACCCCGGAGUUCCUCAGCAGUCCCUGGGACUGGAUCGGACUGUACAAGGUAGGGAUGCGCCACAUUAAUGACUAUGUGUCCUAUGUCUGGGUUGGCGACAACCAAGUCUCCUGUAGCAACAACCCAAACCAGGUAUACAUCAACAUCAGCGAUGUCCCUGAGAGUGAGGACCAGUUUCUUCUCUGUUACUAUAGCAACAAUCUGCACUCUAUAGUAGGGAUAAGUCAACCCUUCAAGAUCCCGCUUCGCUACUUUUUGAGGGAUGACGCACUGUGUGAGCCUGAACCACAGAUCUGAGCCCAGAUGGGAGUGAAUGAAUCCAGGGCAGAGGCUAGAGCUGGAAGCCAGCUCUGCCUCAGCAUUGCCAGGAGCGCUGGGUCUGGCCCAGCCCCUGAGGAGGCAGCUGAGUAUCCUCCAGCUCCCCACCUCCCAGGGGAGCUCAGCCAGACUCUUCUGCUCUCUCCAGGCCAGAUGAACUGGCCAUUUAAUACAGGUUUUUGUUACUGAGAUGUGAUUGAAACAAAGUAGUGUGUCAAUGGUGAAGACUUGAGGACAGUCCACUGCAUAUGGAAAAGACCACUAGCUUGCAUGCCAUGUCUUGAUUCUCCCUUUCCCCUGACACAAAAACACUCCCACACCCAAGUAGCCGUGCCAGGCACAUGCCCCAUUUGGCACAGGCCUGCAUUCCUAUCACGCCAUCCUGGACCUUGGGCCUGGGAUGGGGGGAUGUUCACAUUUGUACAGGCCCCAUAAAUUGGGUGGAACAAGUAGCACUGGGUUCCCAAAGUCUUGGCAUCUCAUAGAUGUCCCCAUGUGGAUGAGCAGAGGCCCUGAGAUCCUGUCUGCAGCUGAAGCACAUGACUACUGAGUGAGGGUAUACCUACCUGUACCCUGUAACGUGGAAUCUGAGCAGGAAGUUCUAGGGCCGAAGCAGAGUAGGUUGCAUAGACUCAGAUUAGCUUUUGCAGGUAAGUGAGGCCCCAUGUCCCCAACCUGCCCUUUACAAGGGGUUCACAGAUGUUGGAGGAGCCACAGCCACAUUCCUCUUGGGUGGUCCUUUAGAUCAAGCUCAUCUGCUGCCACUCCUAUCAUGAGUCAUAGAGAAAACACUGCUCUGCUCUCUGGGCCCUACUGGGACCUAGAUGGGAAACAGCAGAGGAGCUGUGCUCAAGACAUUUUGAAGGACCUAGCAGCAAGAGGCCUCAGCAUUCUGCAGGUGCCAUGUAGAUACAGCCUGUCCCUAUUCCUGCCGAUCGCCUUCUGCCAGUAUGAUUCAACACCCAUUCUCCCAAGGGAAGACACUCAGGGAGUCUUGUUCUGUAAUUCUCACAUCUGUCUUGUGACCUGAGACCGAGAGUCACUCCAAUUACUCUAUGUUCUGUCUUCUAUUCUGGGAGCCACCGAGUGUUAAGGAUUACCCCAUGGGGUUGGGGAUUUAGCUCAGUGGUAGAGCGCUUGCCUAGAAAGUACAAGGCCCUGGGUUCGGUCCUCAGCUCUGGAAAAAAAAAAAAAGAUUUACCCCACCCCCCAGGCUUCUGAGCCAUAGCUGUCUGUUCUGUGUGAGUUGUUACAUUGAGGAAUAAUUAUAAAUUGGCUUUUACACUUG